AGGCGGCGACGGUCUCGUUGUACUCUCGCUCUGAGGUGGGGAUUUUGUAGAGUUCGUGGUUGCCGGAGCAGAGGAUAUCGAUAUCUUGUCGUUGGAGUAUGUUGUUGGUGUAUAAACCCUUCGGGGCAGAUCCAUCGUACAGCCCGUUGCCGUCUACUCUGUCGCCUGUGUCGACGACUAGUAGAUCAACGCCCCGUCUGUCGGCAUCUGCCCGCAUAUGCUCUGUGAAAGAUAUGUAGUCUCCCCAGUCGGCCGAGUAUUGGGAUCUAGUAACCUGUUAGUCAAAGGCCGUGAAAGGCAAUCAAGAGUCAUACUCUUGUAAAUGGCCUCCCAGCCACCCAUGGGUAUCCGUCGUAGCUAGGAAGUUCAGUUGCCCCCAAGGCAGCUCCCUCAUGGGUGCCGCAACCGGCUUUGGAGCAGAAGGUUGCGAACCGUCUACCCCCAAGGCCAGAAGCCCUGCUAAUAAUAUUAAUGGUUGCAUGGUCAUCAGUGUGGAAGUUGUUUGUGACUGUUGGACGUUGGGAGCUCGAGGUCCUUAUCGGAUACCCACAGCGGUUACGGUGAUCGGCGUUCGGAGAAUUGUUCCGGCGAGGCUUCACGACGAGGCUUUCGGCCAUGACUGAAGCUCCAAGUAGGCCCUACCUUCUCGACAACCACCUCGUAUGGGAUCACGGAUAUCUGAAGAGGUUGUGGCGGUGGCCAAAUCUGGAUGGAAGAGAGGGGCCCGCAACUCCCCUUACAAAGCUAGAUUCAAGAAAGGGCCCCGCGACUCCUCUUCCAAUGCCUUCAUCCGCCAGGAGAAAUCCUUUCGACAAUGGAAGAUAUAUCGCCCUACGAUACUCCCCAAUAGAUUCAGGAUACUCGCCGUGAAGGACAAUAUCUCCACAACAUCCUUUGAAACGACCUGCGCCUCCAACUUUCUCAGAGACUAUGAGCCCCCAUUCGAUGCCGAUGUCAUCAAAACUUUGUACAAGCGGGGCGGCGCGGCGGUCGGCAGCAAAACGAACAUGGACGAAUUCGGCAUGGGUUCUCACUCAGUUAACUCUCACUACGGCGCCGUCACAAACUCCCCGCCAUUCGAGGCGUAUUCUGCCGGCGGCAGCUCUGGCGGUAGCGCACAAGCCGUAGCAAGCGGCUCCUUCCAGGCCGCUCUAGGAACAGACACUGGUGGCUCGGUCCGACUCCCCGCUGCGUACAGCGGCGUCACUGGCCUCAAGCCCUCCUACGGCCGCAUCUCUCGUCACGGCGUAAUCCCUUACGCCCAUAGCCUCGACACCGUAGGCCUCUUCUGCAAAGACCCAGAGGAGAUGACCGCAUUCCUGAUCGCCAGCCAGGAUCUACGCACCCGCGACCCUACAACCCCAACAGAGCCCGCCACCAAGCGCAUGACCGAUGCCAUCCGCCGUGAAGAAGCACGCCUCGGCCGCUGGCCCGUGACAGACACCAAGCCCCUCCGCAUCGGCGUGCCCGCCGAAUACAACAUCGCCGAGCUCUCCCCCGCCGUCCGCCACACCUGGCAACGCACCCUCGAUACCCUCCGCUCCCACGGCCACACCAUUGUCCCCGUCUCCCUACCCUCCACCAAGCACGCUCUGAGCGCCUACUACAUCAUCGCCGCCGCCGAGGCCUCCUCCAACCUCGCCAAGUUCGACGGCGUCCGCUACGGCUCCCGCGAAGACGCCUCCGACAACCCCACCGGCGUCCUCUACGCCUCCACCCGCGGCGCAGGCUUCGGCGACGAAGUCCGCCGCCGCAUCCUCCUCGGCACUUACUCCCUCAGCGCCUCCGCCAUGGACAACUUCUUCGUGCAGGCCCAGCGGGUGCGCCGCCUCGUCCAGCGCGACUUCGACCGCGUCUUCGCCAUGCCGAAUCCCCUGCACCCCGAAAAUCAAUUCGAUCUCGCCGACAUGCCCGAGACGACGGAAAUGGACAGCAAGCUCGGCCCCGCGGAGGUCGACGUGCUGGUCGUCCCGACGGCGCCGACGCUGCCGCCGUUGCUAAAGGACGUGAAGUCCCAGGGCUCGCUCGCGGGCUACACCAACGAUGUGUUUACAGUCCCCGCGUCGCUGGCGGGGCUGCCGGCGAUAUCGGUGCCGGUGCCGAUCGCGAAGGAGGCGAGGGAGGAGGGCAACGUGGGGUUCGUGGGCAUGCAGGUUAUUGGGCAGUAUUUUGACGAUUUUCAUGUUAUUAAUGUAGGGACCAUGGUCGCGGCGGGGGUGAGGUGGCCGUCGAGGCUGGAGAAGCUACAGGAGAAGUGGAGGAUACAGAGGGAAAAUGCAGCGAGGAACUAUGAGUUUAGGAGACCGGUAGGGUUUGGUGACAAGUAAGGGAGGUACGUGCUGAGGAUCCGAGGCGUGAAUAUAUCUGGGUCUAAGUUGAAAGUCAAGACUGGAGAAGACGGAAUAUUUGUAAAUAGAUGUAAGACUAAGCAAAGCGGAUAGACGAAGAUACCCGUUCGCCUUUAACCAACCAUACGAGGGUCAUCCACCGGGCUCUAAUAUAGACAAAAAUAUACAACUGAAG